AUGUCUUCUCAGAGACUCAAAACACUUCUAAAAACAAUUAAGCAAUUAUCGUUCAAUAUCUCUAAUUGUCUCCCUAUUCCACUCAUUUCCACUGUUAAUGCUGAGAGGCGACUUGCCUGGUGUCUCACACAUAAAGACUGGACAGCUCGACAUUUUCGUCGUGUUUUGUGGUCAGAUGAAUCAACAUUUUGCCUCUUUCAGCCACAUGAAGAAUGGGACAUUGAAUGUGUGAGUAGUACUGUCAAGCAAAGUCCUAGUCUGAUGCACUGGGGUUGUUUUUCUUGGUAUGGAACUGGCCCUCUCGUCGCGCUUAAUGGCUCUGCCACUGGUAAGUCUCACGUUGAAAUUCUUCGUAGGUACGUUUUGCCAACAUUAGAGACCUACCCAGGAAAUGUGGAUCGUGGUCAGCCUUGGUUUCGACAAGAUAAUCUCACCUAUAAGCCGAUUUUACGUCAUUUUGACGAACUAUUAUAG